CGGCAGGCUGCUGCUGCUCUGCUGACACGUAACUAAAAUUAAAGGUACUCCCUAUGCUCCCAGGCCUCGCACUGGACUAAACAUUUUAACUUUUUGCGGAAGCUCGUCUGAAUUACCUCGACAAAUCAGAAGUUCGUUAUUGAGAGAGAGAGAGAGAGGAAGAGAGUCGUCAUACUCUUACUUUUUUCUUCUUCCCCAAGGCAGGGCAGGACUUUGACUUUUAACUGAAGCGAAAAAUCUGAGCGGCUGCUUUGAAGUGAGUUAUAGUGAGUGGACGUGGUUUUUUUUUUUUUUUUUCUUUAAAACGAUGCACCACAGAGGCACGUUUUAGCGCGUACUUUUUCUCCGGUGUAAAAUGCUGGGGGAGUGAGUCCGGGAGGAGUUGUGUGAAGUUUGCUCCGCCAUGGGCAGCGGGGCGUGCUCCCGCAGGCAGCGCAGGGUGUUCCAGGGGCUGCUGCUGGCCGCGGUGCUGAGCGGGGUGCUGUACGGGGGCAUGCUCUCCUACGAGAUGCACAAGCAGCUCCGGAGGACCGAGGUCAUGGCGCUCAAGUACCAGCAGCACCAGGAGUCCCUGUCGGCGCAGCUGCAAGUGGUGUACGAGCACCGCUCCCGGUUGGAGAAGUCGCUUCAGAAGGAGAGGCUGGAGCACAAAAAGGCCAAAGAAGAUUAUCUGGUUUAUAAACUGGAGACGCAGCAAUCUUUGAACAAGGAGAAGCAAGAUUCUAACAGCAGAUUCAACUCCUUACAAGUGCAACAUCAGAUGUUGAAGAAUCAGCACGACGAGCUGAAGAGGCAGUACUACGAGCUGACGGAGCAGCACCAGCUGCAGGGCGAGGACCACAACAGAGUGGUGGACCAACACAGGGAGCGCUACGACAAACUGCAUCAAGUCAAAGAGGUGGAAAUUUCCCAGCUCAAAGAUAGUGUAAAUAACCUAAGAGAGGAGAAUAAACAACUGAGGAAAGCUCACCAUGACAUUCACACGCAGCUGCAGGAUGCACAGGCCGAGCGUCAGAAUCUGAAGGCAGCGCAUGAAGACCUCACACUGACACUGGAGGACCACAAGAGUGCGCUAGCCGCAGCUCAGGUACAAGUGGAUGAAUACAAGCAGCUCAGGGAAUCCUUGAACCAGGGGUCUGACGUGGCAAAGUCUCAGCCAAACUCCAUUCCUCAAGCGCUGCAAGCAGGAACCAAGUCUCACAUCCAUGAGGGCCAUCAGGCUGCCCCACUGGAACAGAAACGGGACGAGGAGCACGUCCAGGACGAGCAUCAGUCUCACUGGAAUACUGAGUCAAGGUUGGAACAUCAGGAGAAGCCGGAUGUGCGGUCUGAGGUUGUGUCUCACCCCACGGUGUCCCAGCACACCUUUUCCGAGGGAGAAGAAGACGGGGAGGGAGAGGCGGAGAGGAGGAGGGAGCUGGCAGAGGAGGAGAUGGCCCAAGCAGGGCAGCCUCAGAAGCUGGAGGAGGACCUGGACCAGCAGCAGGAGGAGGAGCCAGAGCAGGAGCAGCCUGAUGAGAAUGCUCUGGACCAGCAGAGACGCCAGCCACAGCUGCACCAGCAACAAGCCCCGGUGGAGCACGUGAAGUCGGCCUUCGAGCAGCAGCAGGAGCAGCAGCACCUGGAGGCUCAGAGGGCAGAGCAGCGCAGGCAGGUCCAGAUGCGUCAGGACGCCCUGCAGGCCCAAAGGGAGAGGGUGCUGAAGGAGAGGGAGCAGCGGCUGAAGGAGGAGCAGCAAAGAGAGGAGCAGCAUCACAGGGAGGCUGACAGACGGGAGCAGCUGCUGAGAGAGGAGCGCGAAAGGAAGAGAGCAGAGUAUGAGAACAUAGACAAUGAUAUCGUUCAAGGAGAAGAAGGCCAUCACGUCGACAAUGAAGAGGAGAGAGAUGAGCGAGAUGUUCAUAUGAUACAUGAUGAAGAGGAGGAGAAACAAGGAAUGGAUCACAGAGGGCCUCCACAUCAGGGCGCUGCUGAAAGUGAUGUGGACCCCGAGGACGAUCCCAACAAUCAAGGAGAGGAUGAGUUUGAGGAGGCCGAGGACCAGCGGAGUCAGCACAGGGCUGGUGAAGAGGAAGAAGAGGGAAUGGAAGAGGAAGAAGAGCCAGCAGCCCCUGGCCAGCACAUAAACACUCGCCAAGGCCCCAAACAACCUGUGGAAGAUGAACUGGUGAUGGCUGGAAACCCAGAUCAACAGGAGGACACACUGGAUGACCAAUACCAGGAAGAAGUAGAAGAUGAGGCCCAGGAGGACAUUGGUGGGGAUGCAAAGAGAGAGGAGCGGGAGGAGGGAGGUGAGGAGGAGGGGGAGGAACCCUAUAACGAGGAGAACUUAGAGCAGGAUGAAGUAAAACACCAGGAAGGAUCAAGAAAGGGACAAAAUCAGCAACAUGGAAGAAAGGAUAAUGAGCAAGAAAACUACGAAGAAGAAGAGGAGGAGGAGGAGGAGGAGGUGGAAGAGGAUACAGUUGGUCGGAACAAGGCAACAAAUCGGAGGGCAGAAAUGUAAGACGAGUGCAAACAUCCGCUGCUCACCUUCUUGGCUGCUAGUAGAGCCAAUCACAUCCAUCUUCGGUUAGUUCCCAAAGGACAAACCCAGACAUCCUUCACAAUUCUACUUGGGAAAUAACGUCUGGAAGAUGACAAUGCAAGUGCUGAACACUGUGGAAAAGGACACAAUUUAUAGAGCGUAAAAUGCAUAUAUACUGUAUAUUUUUACAUUUUUAUUUCCACUUCUGUCUGUUCGCACAUUUUCCUGAUUGCCGAACUGGUUCAGAGAAUGUAUUUUUAUUAAGAAGUCUUUGAGGUGUGUAAAGAAAGCAGAGGUAAAUAAUGUUGUCUUCAUGUCCAGACCUUGCCAUCUGUUGUGUGUGUGUUUUGUUUUGUUUUUUGUGGAACUCAAAUGUUCAUUUACAUCUUGCAUUCCAAUCAGUCAUGCCAUUUCUGUUAUUUAUUGCUGAUAACAACUCUGACAAUCAUAGAAGGUGCAGCAUUUAUAGUAAUGACAGAAGAAGUUGAACAAAAUGCCUUUAAACAACUUCUUCAGGGUGACUUGCAGAGAAUAUUCACCGGAUAUUUCUGCUAAAGCUAAUCAAAGACUUGUCUGGUGGCGCUGUUUGUACGCCGAGUGUCAGACUGACAUGUGCCUUUCCGUUCAUGGGGAUCUCUUCUGGAUCAUAGUCUUUUUUUUGUUAGAGAAGAACAAUAGGACAGAGGAGAUUUGAGCAUGCUAUAUAAGUGGCUUAUUUUACAUCAAUUGCUGGUGUUCAAUUCCCACACCUAACGCAGUUUGUUGCAGCAUCUUUAACCUGCUGGACAAUGUAAAGUAAAAUAUGUGUAAAAUUUGUAAACCAGUUAUAUUUGAUACAAAAUUUGCGUUUGUAAUGAACUGUGUUUACCAUCUGGAUGGUGUGUUGAAUAAAGAAGUCCAAGGAUUUUAGAUCUUC